AUGUCAAGUGUAUUAACUAAUAAUGAAAUUCUUCGUCUCCAAUCUGUUGCUAAAAUCUUUGAUGGAUAUGUUAUACUUUUUCUCAUCNCACUCAUGUCAAGUGUAUUAACUAAUAAUGAAAUUAUUCGUCUUCAAUCUGUUGCCAAAAUCUUUGAUGGAUAUGUUAUACUCGUUCUCAUCAUCAUUGGAACAAUCGGAAAUCUAUUGAAUAUCGUUGCUUUUCUUCGAAAUAAAACACUUCGACAAAUGUCAAAUUGUGUUUUUAUGAUUAUGUUUUUCGUUAGUAAUCUCACUUCUUUAUGGGCAUCUCGUUUUCAACGUUCAAUGCUAGCUAUCACUGGUGUCGAUCUAUUAGUUGGUUCAAUAUUUUAUUGUAAAGUUCGAUGGUUAUUUGGUCGUUGGAGUUUUAACAUGUCAUUCACAUGUAUCUGUUUAUCAAGUAUUGAUCGAUUUCUGAAUACAUCACGCAAUGCACGAUAUCGACGAUUGAUUACAUUCAAACGAGCUGUUAUAAUUACAAUUAUGAUUAGUAUUGCUUAUAUCAUCAUUUUUAUGCCAGAUGCAAUUUAUUAUUCGGGAUAUCGAUGUAUUGCAUCAAGUAGCGAUCGAGUUAUAUAUCAACAAUUUAUCGUUUAUUUUAAUUUAACUAUGACCAAUAGUAUUCCACAAGUUACUCUUGGCGUUUUUUGUAUGCUUACAUGGUGUAAUCUUUGGUCAAUACGCCGCGAACAACACAAUCAACUCCGUCAAGAAGUGACUCGAAUGAUGUUAGUUGAAUAUACUGUGAUAUUUAUUAGUUCGCUUCCCAAUUUUGUAUAUAAUUUAUAUGCACAAAUUACUCAAUCAUGGAUGAAAUCGGAUUUACAAAUAGCGCAAGAAAAUCUGUGGAAAACUGUAUCUGCUGUUCCCAGUUUUUUAUUAAAUAUUGGAACAUUUUAUAUAUAUAUUAUAAUGUCAAGUGCAUAUAGACAAAAUGUGAGAGCCGCUUUUUCCUAUAGAAAAUGCAACCAAGUAACACCACAUAGAAUAAACCUUUAA